AUGAAUGGAUCAUCCUUCCUUUUCACUUUCACAGUCUAUGGGGCGAUUGGCCCAGCCAAAGACAUGUACUUUGCCAUUAUUUUCGUAACUUAUCUUGUGUCUGUUGUAAUCAACAUCGCUCUUAUGGCUUUAAUUUGCUUGGACACAUCGCUCCAUAAGCCAAUGUUCAUAUUUUUGUGUAGCGUAAUAUUAAAUGGUUUGAUUGGCAGCACUGCCGUCUGGCCAAAAGUGAUGAGUCACCUUGCAACUGAUAUUCACUCAGUCUCAUUUGAAAUUUGCUUCAUUCAGACUUUUUUCUCCUGUGCCUAUGGAGGUUGUAACUUCUUCAUGUUAACAGUCAUGGCCUAUGACAGAUACGUGUCUAUUUUCCAGCCAUUGCUUUACCACACUAUAAUGACCCCACAGAAGGUGAAGGUGCUCGUAGUUGUGGGGAACCUCCUGCCUGCUGUAGCUGUGUUCACUCAGUUAUGCCUGACAUCAAGAAUACCCUUGUGCCGGUAUUCUAUUCCUAAAAUAUUCUGUGAUAAUUUAGCUGUAUUAAAUCUAGGCUGUGUUAGGAAUAACUAUUCACUUAUGACUAACGUUUUUGGUGUGUGUAUGUUUGGUUUAUUCCUUGUGGUUCCAAUAUUAUUGGUCCUGUGGUCAUAUUUGAAAAUAAUUAUUUUGACUUCAAAGCUGUCAGCGGAUGCACGAAGAAAAACCUUUGCAACAUGCACGCCACACAUCAUCAUUUUCCUUAACUUUACACUGUCCUCCUUGUUUUCUUUGAUUUACAACCGUGUUGAUGCCGCCAAUCUACCGAAAGAGGGUCACAUAUUUGUAUCAGCAUUGUACAUCAUUGUACCCCCACUGUUGCACCCCAUCGUUUAUGGCAUGAAGAACAAGGAAAUUAGAAGAAGUCUCUUAAAAAUCACAGGAACUGUUUUUCCACUCCACAGACAUAAUUUUCAACUGAGGUCGACUGUUAUUCCAUAUUCAUAG